UAGUAGCACGCCAGCCCUGCAGCACCGCGCAUCUCUCUAGUAUACAAAAGCUCUCAUUUUGUAAGCGCCCGCACAUUGUUAUUUAUACGAUCUCGCUGUUGUUGCCAAUCACAUGCUGGCUCAGUGGCGGAGCUGCUGGAAAAUCGGCCCACACCGUGCUGCUGCUGUUUUCGGAGCAACGUGAUUCAAGGGUCAUUUUAUAAUUAUUAGUAUGAAGGAAAUUCAUCCCGUGCGUGCGUGUAUAGGCCGUGUGUUGGCUGUAUCAUAAGUAAUCGUGUGUGGAGUUCUCUCUUCUCGGGGUUGUUGCUGACCACUUCCGUCCGCGAGACGAGAGGAAAUUCGGACUGCGGGUGUGGCGCGCAUCGUCUCCUGUAAUAACGGGCCUAUAACCGGCUCCUACAUUGUUCUCUGUAUACUCCCAGUUUUUCGGCUUUCUGAUCGAAUGCGCGAAAUUUAAUACACACACACACACCGUGUACAGAGCAGGGUAUAGAUAUAUACUUACUAGUAGCCGUGCGAGCUGUAUCAAGGUUAGAACGGCUGAUUUUCGUUGAGCCUGCUUUUUCACCGCUGCACGCGGUCGACCGAGAGAUUUCCAACGGAUUUCCAGGGAUUCAAGAUUUUUCGCUCUACGGAUUGUUAUACCUAGGGAGUGAUUUUUGAAUACAACCGUUCUGCUCCGAUUUGGAGGUCGUCAUGCGGGGAGAGUACUCGCCAGUAAUGUCUGUCCCUCCAUCGUCCUCUAAGGGUACAGCCAGUGAAAAACCAGGUGGUACAAGUCCUAGCCCAAUAGAAGGUGUUGAAGGUGUUCCAGGCCCAAGCACACUAGACCAGAUCCCAUUGCCACAAAAUGAAGAGCUGGAUGAUUAUGGAGAAACGGCUGACGAGGAGGAGGAAGAAAGCACCGAGGAGGAUUGCGAGAUCAGCGAUUCCGGACUGUUUUGCAAUGGAGAGGGUGAUGAGGACAUUGACGAGUCCGAUUGCCAAUCACUGGCUCUGCAGAGGCAGCCACAACUGCCACAGCGUAUCCAAAGUCCAAAUUUGGAAACUUGUGUGCCCUUGGAUGUCGUAUUACCUCCAAGGAAACGUAAAAGUGAGACUGAAUCCAGCUUACCUUGUAAAAAGCCCAACCCCGAAGACAAAUCUACUGUAAGUCUCAAGAGGCUCGAUGAGAAAGUGAAACAUGGCCGACCAGUCAUACCAACAAAGGACAAUCCUCCUCCAGAAAUGAAUGAUUGGAUUUUGCAAUACCACAGGUGGUCAAACGCCGAGCGUAUGCUAGCAAUCGACGUGCUGGUUGAGCGAAGCGAACCAACCCAGGUCCGGCACAUGAUGCAGGUGAUAAAGCCGCAAUUCCAGCGUGACUUUAUCUCCCUUUUGCCAAAGGAGCUGGCGCUCUCGGUGCUAACGUUCCUCGAACCUCGUGACCUUCUUCGCGCCGCUCAAACCUGCCGUUCUUGGCGCUUCCUUGCCGACGACAAUCUACUCUGGAAAGAGAAGUGUCGGGCAGCUGGGAUCGAUAACCUUAAGGAUUUGCCCCGACGCAAGAACUCCAAGUGCGGUGCAGCUAACUGUACGGUAUCUAGUGCUGCGACUAUGAAUAGUGUGUCACCCUGGAAGCAGGCAUACAUGAGGCAACACAACAUUAAGAUGAACUGGAGGACGAAGCCUAUACGACCACCUAAAGUGCUCAAGGGACACGAUGAUCACGUUAUCACGUGUCUGCAGUUCUCAGGAAAUAGAAUCGUCAGUGGUUCGGAUGAUAAUACGCUCAAGGUCUGGUCGGCGGUGACUGGUAAAUGUUUGCGAACGUUGUGCGGCCACACAGGUGGCGUCUGGUCGUCACAGAUGUCGGGCACUACAGUGAUAAGCGGCAGCACCGACCGAACUCUCAAGGUUUGGAACGUGGAGACAGGCGAGUGCAUACACACAAUGAUUGGCCACACGUCAACGGUGCGAUGCAUGCAUCUGCACGGUAACAAAGUGGUCAGUGGAAGCAGAGACGCGACCCUUAGGGUUUGGAGGAUAGACACCGGCGAGUGUUUGCACGUGCUUGUCGGCCAUUUGGCGGCAGUCAGAUGUGUCCAGUAUGAUGGUAAACUGGUCGUCAGCGGCGCAUAUGACUACAUGGUCAAAGUUUGGAAUCCUGAGAGGGAGGAGUGCCUACACACACUGCAGGGUCACACUAACAGGGUUUACUCGCUACAGUUUGAUGGUGUUCACGUGGUAAGUGGUUCACUGGAUACCAGCAUUCGUGUGUGGGAUGUGGAGACAGGUGCCUGCCGUCACACACUAAUGGGCCAUCAGAGCCUGACCUCGGGGAUGGAGUUGCGUAACAACAUACUUGUUUCGGGCAACGCUGACUCCACGGUCAAGGUCUGGGACAUCGUCAGUGGACACUGUCUUCAGACUCUGUCCGGGCCCAACAAGCACCAGUCGGCCGUCACCUGCCUCCAGUUCAAUAGCCACUUUGUUAUUACCUCGUCUGACGACGGCACCGUCAAAUUGUGGGACGUUAAGAAUGGUGAUUUCAUACGAAACCUCGUAGCAUUGGAGAGUGGAGGAAGUGGAGGCGUUGUCUGGCGUAUUCGGGCCAGCGACACGAAGCUCGUCUGCGCGGUGGGCAGUCGUAAUGGCACUGAGGAGACGAAGCUCCUUGUCCUCGACUUUGACGUGGAAGUCAAGUAAAUAUGAGAUGGUUAAACAGAGUAAAAGAAACCAGGCAUAUAAACAUAAGCAAACUGAAACAAAAAAAUACAAAACAUUUGAACGCUAACGAUUAUUAAUUAAUUAUAAAAAGGAAAAGAAAAACUAAAAGGAAAAAAAUGAGUCGAUUAAAAUUGAGGAGAGGAUGAGUGAAUGUGUGUGAUAAAUCGCUGCUGCUCGCCAGACUCGAAUCAAAAUGGAACGGAAGGUGAGAGAACGCAGGGGAAGAGAAGAAAGAAGAGCGAUUUCCCUCAUGUGACUUCUGUAAAUACUUUAACUUAGAUAGUAUAACUAAUCUACUGUACAAUUUUUCGUGUAUGGCGUCGUGCAUGUGAUUGUGAAUUAAGACUGCUUGUGCGAGACCGUGAGAAAGGGAGGCCGAGAGCUGAACAGCAGACAUCGCAAGAAUAGUGGCAAACACAAUACAACGGAAUGUAAACAAUAUUAAAACGAACGACAGUAGGAAUGUGGGAGAAGUAAAGUGUCACAAACCCGAGACACGAGUGGUGCAGACAGGUAGUCGCAGCUUCUGUCAUUUUGAGAAAAGAUCUUUUUUACAUACAUAUUAUUAUUAUUUUUUUUUUUUGGAGCUCUAUUAUUUUGGCAGUCGAAUUUCAUGUGUAUUUAACUUUAGUAAUUUUAGUUUUUGUUACACAAUUUUAUAUAGUGUUGUAAAUGUUUAUUGCAAAAUAGUGAAAAAGAGUUAAAGUAUUGAUAAAAGUAACUCUCUUACUUUGUACAUUGUAUUUUACUUUAACACUGAAAUUUAAUGAUGUAUUAAAAAGGUGUUUGUCUCAAAAUGGCGCAAGAUGCCAAUAAUUGGGAUUAUUGAAACAGCAAGUCAUGAAAUACUUCUAUUUUCUUGUUCCCAUAACAAGUUGCGUAUCAGGUUUCUGUAUUUACCAUUUGAUCUUGAGUUACUCGAAUGUGUUCGAAAAGUCCUAUGAUAAGUAAUUGCUAAUUAAUAACCCCAUGAAACUUUUAAAAGCUUCGUGUUUCGAGCUUUGUAUUUAUACAUAGCGAUUCAACGACGAACUCCUUUUUCCUUUAAGUAGUGAAUUUCCAUAGCAUAAUUUGUACAAAGUAAAUUAUAAAUUAAUUUGUGUUACUUUAUCAAAUCUAACGACUUGAACAUAUUUCGUUAGCUCUCGUGCGAAUUUAUAUCUAUAAUAUGUACUUUUUAACGUAAAAGUACACGCGGCAAAGCUUCAUUAACUUAUUUUUGAGGUCGUUGCUUAGACUUUUCAAAUCUGUUUUAAAUUCGUUUGAAUAACUUUGGAAAAUUUUCGAAGACUGUUAAACACUUGGAAAAGUUUUACUAUAUUUUUCUUUUUGUUACAUUAUCAAAUGGCUUAAACUAAGCAUGGCAAAUCAUUCUGGGUGUUGGACAGUCUUAAUAUAUAAAUAUACAAAAAAUGCUAAUACGAUUGAAGGAAGAGAUCUUUGAAAAUUAAGAACUUAUUUUUUACUUUGUGCUGAAAAAUUGAAGAACCGUUGGGGGUAAUGAAGCUCUCUGACGUUUUGUGGACUGAUGUAUUGGUAUAUAGAGGGCAAAUUUUUUCCUACAAUGUGCCGAGCAGUUCUCAUUCUUGAUAAUUCAUGCAGGUAUCUUGGAACUAAACGCGUGAAAAAAAUGUUGAAAUGUUUGGUAUAUAAUAAUUAAAAAAAAUAAUAAUAAUAAUUUAUGUAAAAUCCGAUCUCCUGAACGUUGGUAACGUCUUUCAAAAAAUGUGUGUAUAACGUUACUUGUAGGAAUUAUACUUGAAUGAUGAGCUAUAUUUACCAAGAUAUUGUAUCAUACUUGAGAGCAUUGAGUCUGAAAAAUAUGAAAUUAGAUUGGAUGGGUAUAUUGUGAUGUUUAUUAUCAAAUUUAGAUUGUGUUAAUUGAAAAAAAUUUGUUUUACGAUACCUGAAACACGUUAGAGACGUGUCACACAUGUGUAACGUUAUACGAGCCAAUUUAUAAUUUGAGUUUAACAAAAAAAGUAUCAUUUCUGUUUAAAGUAUCUCGAUUAUUGCGCUAGUUUAGACAAAAAUUAUCGUGCGUUUAGUUUCUCCGUGAAAAUUGUUAUCAUUUGUAAUCAUCUGUAUAUUUAAAGUCGUUGAGAAAAUGAAACUUUUAAUAUGUAAAAAUAUCAGUAGGAAAAAAGUCGAUGUUCUUUUUGUAAAUAAUCGAAUUUUCUCGUAAUAAAUUUGAUAGAAAUUUUUCUGUAAGCUAAAUAAUUCGGUAUUUUAGUACGUAAGCAAAAGACUUUGUCAUACUUAACUUGCAUUUAAACGAAACAAAAAAAAAUUGCUAAAUUGGAGAGGAAAUGAGAAAUUUUCUCAAUAUCUCCCACAAUUGUGACACGUAGCAACUGUGUAAUGUAAUGAAUUUUCUUUAAUUUAUAAACCAUUUUCAAUGAUUUAUAUUCACGCCGUAUGCAGUAAAUAUCCACAAUCAAGAAAAAAAGUUAUGUCAACAGGAAGGAUACGAAAGACGAAUACGAAAAAACAUAAUAAACACACCGAAUGAACUGUUGAGUUAAUAUCAGCAAUGUAAACGUUGCGUAUCGAAGCGAUUAUCAUCGAUUUUUAAAACAUCUGUAGAGAUCUGGUUUGCCAUAGUCCAGUAAUAGUGAACGCAAAGGCUUAUUUAUUUUGUGCAAUACAAUACUGGAUGAAGUAGCAAGACUUUAACUGUACGAAUAUACUCAUUGCUUCCUCUGAUUAACGGACGAAGUUUUUUUUAGUAUAAGAUACCUUAUGAGCUUGAUAUCAAACUUUACUUUUAUCAUAAGACAAAACAUAAAAACGAACUUGUUAACAUGUAAAUUCUUGAAGGGAUGUUGUAGUACCUACUUUGAGAGCGUUGACUGUUAUUGGGCCCAGAUCUUGCAGGCCGUAUUUUAUUUGUAUAUUGCUCAAUAGUUUAUAUUAUAAGAAUGUGUUAUCUGUUGUAUCAUUUUUUAUAAGAAAUUAAAGAAAUAGAAAAUGUUGCUGCAUUUUAAA